AUGGCCUCCGAUGGCAAGCGAUUCAGCUCGCACAAUGUGCGCUGCUGCACAUUGAUAGGUCACGUUGACCACGGCAAGUCUUCCUUUGCCGACUCGCUUCUUGCCGCCAACAACAUCAUCUCGGCUCGUAUGGCCGGUCAAAUCCGAUAUCUCGACUCAAGAGAAGAUGAACAGGAACGAGGUAUUACCAUGGAAGCUUCGGCAGUAUCGCUCUCGGUCAAGAUGCGUGUUCACGAUCCAACAAAGGGAUGGGACCCAGAUAAUCUUCCACCAAUCCAAGAUUUUAUGAUCAACCUCAUCGACACCCCUGGCCACGUCGAUUUCUCUUCGGAGGUUUCCACCGCAUCAAGACUUUGUGAUGGCGCUCUGCUUAUCGUUGAUGUCGUCGAAGGCGUCUGUGCGCAGACUGUUACGGUGUUGCGACAGGCAUGGCAGGAUGGGCUCGAGCCGAUCCUCGUUCUCAACAAGGUAGAUCGACUUAUUACCGAGCUGAAGCUCUCCCCAAAUGAGGCUUACCACCAUUUGAUCCAGGUCAUCGAGCAAGUCAACGCCGUAGUAGGGUCCUUCUUUGCUUCGGCGCGUAUGGAUGAUGACGAACGAUGGCACGAGGAGCGUGAGAAGCGUAUUGCUGCACGGAAGCAAGCCAAGGACGACUCUAUCGCCGCCGCUGCUGGUGAUGAUGCAGCUGAUGACGACAACGACGACCAAAAUCGUGAAGAGCGAGACGACGAAGAUAUCUACUUCGACCCAUCAAAAGGAAAUGUCAUCUUUGCUUCCGCCAUGGACAACUGGGCCUUCCGUCUCGAACGUUUCGCCAUGCUUUACGCCAAAAAGAUGGGCAUUCAAGAAUCAAAGCUCCGCAAAGUCCUCUGGGGCGACUUCUACUUUGAUCCCAAGACAAAGCGUGUUCUCAGUCAAAAGCAGAAGGAGAGAGAAAAACGACCUCUCAAACCCAUGUUCGUCCAAUUUGUCCUCGAAAACAUCUGGUCCGUCUACGACGCUGUCAUCGAGAGCCGAGACCAGGAGAAGAUCGAGAAGAUCGUCAACUCGCUCAAUCUGAAAGUGCAUCCACGCGAUCUUAGAUCGAAAGAUCCAGCUACACUCAUCAAGGCUAUUGUCAGUCAGUGGUUGCCGCUUGCGAGCUGUGCGUUUGCUGCGAUCGUCUAUGUUAUUCCACCGACGAGUAAAGCGCAGGCAAAGAGGAUUCCGAUGAUGCUCAAUCCGGAUAUGAGUUAUUUCGACAGAGGUAAUUACAAGGCUAAGACACCGCUGGAGGAGCAUCUGAUGAAUGCCGAGAUCGGGCCUAAAUCGAAUCGAGUCGCGUAUGUCAGUAAGAUGUUUGCGGUCAAGAAGGAAGAUCUGCCUGAGGCGAAGAAGGCACCGAUGACGGCGGAGCAGAUGAGGGAGAGGGCGAAGGAGAGUAGGGAGCGUCAGGCUGCUGUCAAGGCAGCGUUGGCUGCUACUGGUGCUACGAUGGAGGGUGGCGUGGGCGAUGCGACUGGUGAAGCGAAUGGAACUAGUCUGGGAGAGGCUGAGGCGCAGCGUGCUGCACGAGUCCAACGGGAGAAUGAGGCUCAGGCGGAGAAGGAGAAAGCAGAGGAAGAGGAAGAGGAAGAUGACGGAGCCGAUGAAGUUGUGCUCGGUUUCGCACGGCUCUAUUCGGGAACACUUCGUGCAGGUCAAUGGAUGUACGCCCUCCUCCCCAAGUACAACACCUCUCUCGCUCCAUCGCAUCCAUCCAACGUCAAGCACAUCAAAGCGAUCCAACUCGAAUCCCUCUACAUGAUCAUGGGUCGCGAUCUUCUCGCUGUCAACGAAGUCCCCGCGGGCAAUGUCUUCGCUAUCCGAGGUAUGGAAGGUAAAGUUCUUCGCAAUGCUACACUUUGCUCCCCCUCCCUCAUCCAAUCCUACCCCAUCGAACGCCACCAGGAUCCGACGACGAUCGACCCAGCCCUCGCAUCAUCCACAUUCGUCAACUUGGCAGGUAUCAACAUGCUCUCCGCCCCCAUAGUGCGUGUUGCAUUGGAGCCAGUCAACCCUCAAGACAUGCCAAAGCUUAUUGAAGGACUCAAACUGCUCAAUCAGGCCGAUCCUUGCGUCGAGUCGCUUGUCCAGGAUACAGGUGAACACGUCAUUCUUACCGCUGGAGAACUGCACCUGGAACGAUGUCUGAAGGAUCUCCGAGAAAGAUUUGCCAGGUGCGAGAUUCAGGUCAGUCCUCCCCUUGUGCCUUUCCGAGAAACAUGUGUGCGUGCUCCGGAAAUGCCUCCCCCGAAAGCAGAAGGUGCGCCGAGAGGUACAAUGGACGGUAGCGUUGCCAACGGGGUUGUAUCUUACCGGGUUCGAGCUGUACCCCUGCCGAAGCCGGUGGUAGAGUUCUUGCUGGCAAACACACAGACGUUGACAAGGUUGCAGAAUCGUAGUACCGCCCAUGGAGUUGCCGAAGCGGAAGAAGAGGCGGGAUCGGUAGAUGCAGCGGGUUCACAAGCAAGUAAGACUGUUCGUGCGGAUAAGUUUUGGCAGACUCUUCAGACGGUGCUGGAGAAGUGCGGGCAGGAUAGAACGGGUGAAGAUUGGAGGGAGGUUGUGGAGAAGAUUGUCUCGUUUGGGCCUAGGAGAGUUGGUGCCAAUAUAUUGGUCGAUAGGACGGUUAGUGGACGUUCCAGUUUGAGGAAUAGAACGGAUCCGAGCCGAGCUGCUACACGUCGAUCUACAGGUAUCGCCACCCCGGCUCAUGCUAAUGCGGGAGAGGCUCAUGAGGCAAAAGAACUCUCUGAAGCCCUUCACAAGAUGUCUGUCUCCGAUGACACUUGCUCAACGUCUCGGGGUGUGAAUAUUUCUUCGCUCAACGAAAGCAUCGAUUCCGGCUUUCAAAUGGCUACCUCGGCAGGACCCUUGUGCGCAGAACCAAUGCAAGGUUUGGCGUUCUUCCUCGAAUCAAUCGCCCUCAAUGCCUCUUCCACGGCAUCAACUUCAGUCUCUUCAGUUACAGGCCCGCUGAUGUCGACAUUCCGAGAAAGCUGCAAACAGGGGUUGUUGGACUGGUCCCCUCGUUUAAUGCUAGCUAUGUACUCGUGUGAUAUUCAAGCUUCUACCGAAGUUCUUGGCAAGGUCCAUGCAGUCUUGGCUAAACGAAGAGGUAAGAUCAUCAGCGAGGAGAUGAAGGAAGGAACAAGUUUCUUCACCGUCGGCUCCCUCCUUCCCGUCGUGGAAAGUUUCGGAUUUGCGGACGAAAUCAGAAAGAGGACAUCAGGCGCAGCUAGUCCACAGUUGAUCUUCAAAGGGUUUGAAUUGUUCGAUUUGGAUCCGUUCUGGGUUCCAAGGACAGAAGAAGAGCUGGAAGAUUUGGGUGAAAAGGGUGAUAGAGAGAAUGUUGCGAAGAAGUAUAUGGAUGGUGUGAGGAAGAGGAAGGGCAUGUUCGUAACCGAGAGGAUUGUGGAGGCUGCGGAGAAGCAGAGGACUUUGAAGUCCAACUGA